GCCAUGUUGCCGGGUGACCCCGGGAGCGGUGCCGGGAGGAAGGUGGCGGCGUCCGUUGGAGGGAAGCGGGUGCCGUGAGGGAUCCGGAGCGCCUCUCCCUUCCUCAGCCCGGUCCUUCCCGGUCGCCCGUCCACGCACCCGUUCCCUCAUGGCAGCGUGGUCCCGAGAGGCUGUCCUGACCCUCUAUCGGGCUCUGCUGCGCCAGGGCCGUGGGCUGCGCUACACUGACCGGGAUUUCUACCUCGCCUUCAUCCGCCGAGAGUUCCGCAAGAACCGGGGACUGCAGCGGCUGGAGGACAAAGAAAGACAGUUAGAGAAGGGACAAGCUUUCCUGCAGAGCAAACUUGGGGGCCUUAUUUAGAGAUUCCCCAUAGA